AUGAAGAGAUAUCAGCAACACACGCACGCAAGCUGGCACAAAGCCUACGCAGACAACCACGACUGCCCAUGGUGUCUCGAGAACCCAGCCUUACGCGACAAUGCCGGGCCCUCAAGCCGACCGCAGUCCAAGCUGCGCACUCGGGUCCCAACUCGCAAUGGGCACAGCAGGAUGGGAACUGUGUCGCCUAGCCCUUCUGUUCAUACCCAGCAGCAGCCUGUGAAAUAUGAGCAAGAGCAUGAACAUCAGUAUGAACAAGAGCACUAUGGUCAGCAUUCACUCCCCGAGGAUCAAGUCGCCGAUUCUCAGGUUGAAAGCCAUCACACCGCCGACUCUGCCGAUGUUGAUACAGCGCAUGUUGAGAAUGACGUCGCGUCCCAUGACGUGGAAGACGCUAGUCAUGUUCAUGAUCAGGAGCAGAGCUUAAACGAAGCUGUGGAUGAUAGUGCUGUUGAGGCAGACCGCCAGUUCUCCCCGGAGAUAUCCGAUGAUCGGACUUCUGCGCAAUGA